AUGUCAAGUAAUUCAAGUUCACCUUGUUCGAAAAAGUCAAAAGCAAAGGGAAUACAACCCGAUCUUCGUGAAUUAUUGUUUAAAAGAAUGAAAUCCCAACAAACAUCUAACGAAGGCAAUGAAUCUCCUCCUUUAAGUUCCCCUCUAAGUCCUCCUUUAAGUUCCCCUCCAAGUGAAGAUGUUAAUAUGGAAGUAGGUGGUUCAAGUAGAAGUAGUUGUGAUGAACCAUUGGAUGAUGAGUGGGUGUAUGAUGUUGAACUUCUUCCUCAUGACCCGGGAUUGAGGAAAAACAUAAUGGACUAUCCCCCUAAUGAAAGAAAUCCGAGGGAUGUUGAAAUUAACAAGGGGGGUGAUGCAUUUGUUGUUGGAGGUUUUAGAGCGUGGAAUAAACCUGAGAGGCUUGAGAAGCAUGUUGGAGGAAUUAAAAGUGCUCAUAAUAUUGCUUAUGAGAAAUAUGUGAAUCUAAGAGAUUCAAAGAAGACAUCAAUUGAAUUUUUAUUUGAUAAUGCGAGUGAGGUUCAAAUGAAUGAAUAUCAUAUUCGUUUGAAUGCAUCCUUAACUUGUUUGAGAUUUCUUUUGGGCCAAGGUUUGGCAUUCCGGGGACAUGAUGAAAGUGAGGAGUCAUAUAGUAGAGGUAACUUUAUUGAGCUUUUGAAGUGGUUGGGUGGGAAGGUUGAGGAAAUAAGAAAAUAUACUUUCCAAAAUGCACCCAAAAAUUGUCAAUUAACAUCUCCCAAAAUUCAAAAAGACAUUAUCACUUGUUGUGCAAAAGAGACUACUAAGCGCAUAAUAGAAGAGGUUGGUGAUGGUUACUUUUCUAUUUUGGCCGAUGAAUCAAGUGAUGUGUCUCAAAAAGAACAACUAGCUCUUGUUUUGCGGUUUGUUAAUAGAGAAAAUGGAUCGGUAGUGGAACGCUUUUUAGGCAUUCUACAUGUGGGUGAUACUACCGCUUUAUCUCUUAAAAAUGCCAUUAUGUCGUUGCUUAUGGAACAUUCAUUGAGUCCUUCCAUGAUAAGAGGUCAAGGGUAUGAUGGGGCAAGUAACAUGAGGGGUGAAAUCAAUGGCCUCAAGACUUUGAUUAUGAAUGAUAAUCCAAGAGCCUAUUACAUUCAUUGUUUUGCUCAUCAACUUCAACUAACUCUAGUUGCGGUUGCUAAAAAGAAUGUUAAUUGUACUUGGCUUUUUGACGUACUUGCAAAUUUGUUAAAUGUGGUGGGAGCUUCUUGUAAGAGAAGAGACCUUAUUCGAAAACACCAAGCUCAAGUAGUGGCUCAAGCUUUGGAAGUGGGGGAAAUUGAAAGUGGAUCGGGUUUGAAUCAAGAACGUGGUUUGAGUAGGCCGGGAGAUACACGUUGGGGAUCUCAUUACAAGUGUUUAAUAAGUAUCAUCAACUUGUUUCCUUCAAUUAUUAAAGUGCUUGAGGAGAUUGGAGAAAAUGGCUCUCCGGAUGAUAAGCUCAAAGCUCAAGUUGUUUUAGGAUCUUUGGAGUCCUUUGAUUUUAUUUUUAUAGCUCAUUUCAUGUUGACUAUUUUUGGCUACACUAAUGAUUUAUGUGUUGCUUUACAAAGAAAGGAACAAGAUAUUGUGAAUGCCAUUAGCCUUGUUAAAAGUACAAAGAAUGUGUUGCAAAAGAUGAGGGAUCAAGGAUGGGAUAGUCUCUUAGACAAAGUCAUUUUAUUUUGUACUAAACACGAGAUUGAUGUUCCAUCUAUGGAUGCUCAAUAUGUACCUCAAGGAAGAUCAAGACGUUUUGCUAAACAAGCAACAAAUCUACAUCAUUUUCGCGUUGACAUCUUUUUGGAAGUAAUUGAUUUGCAUCUUCAAGAGAUUGAUAACCGUUUUAAUGAGAAGAACAUGGAGUUACUUACAUGCAUGGCUUCCCUGAGUCCUAGAGGUAACUUUUCAUCUUUUGAUAAAGAGAGGAUACUUAAACUUGCUUCUUUAUAUCCCGAAGAGUUUUCAUGCUAUGAUUUAACGGCUCUUGAUCUUCAACUUGAUGUCUUCUUGGAUUCUAUGCAAAAUGAUGAAAGAUUUCAUGAUUUGCAAGAUAUCAAUUCUCUUUCCAUGAUGCUUGUUAAAACAAGGAAACAUGAGACUUUUCCUCUUAUACAUUUGCUAAUCAAGUUGAUGUUGAUUCUUCCUGUUGCUACGGCAAGUGUAGAAAGAGUGUUUUCCGCAAUGACGUUUGUCAAAAAUAAGUUGAGAAAUAGCAUGGGUGAUCAACUAGUGAAUGAUUGUUUGGUUACUUACAUUGAGAAGGAAGUGUUUCUACAAGUUUCUGAUGAAAAGUUAAAAAGAAACACUUGUGCACCGAAUAUGUUCUGGCAAAAGAAAAGUGCAAAUCAUGCAUACAACUAUGCACAAUUAGUUAACGCAGUGACUACAGCAUUUGACAAUCUGACACCAAAUGCACUGAAGAAUGUAUGGAUCACACUACAAGCAUGUAAAAUUGAGGUUAUUAAGAAACUAGGUGGUAUGGAUUAUGACAUUCCACACAUGAGCAAAGCAAAACUUGAAAGGGAAGGGAGACUCCCACAUUGUUUGGGGGUACAGCAGGAAACAAUUUACGAGGCACUAAGAUAUCUGGACACAAAGGUGGAUGAAACUACAUUUGAGGUCAUUUUAUUUUACUUGGGGAUCAAAGACAAAACAGUUUUCCAUCAACUUCAUUUAACAAGAGCAAGCACAGAAGCAACAACAGAAGAAGCAGCAUAUAUUCCAGCAAGAAAUGAAGCAACAGCACCAACAAAAGACACAACUACAUUAACAGAAGCAGCACCAGCAUGA